CUCCCACUGCCACUACCCAGCCUAUAGACUAGCUCUCAAAAGCUUCCAAUUGAACGUGUUAUUUGGACCAAGAAAUUAUCACUGUGCCACUGCCGAAAUCUACCAUUUAAGCCCAUAUAUGUGAAAGAUAUUCCACUCUCGUACGGUGAUCGGUCUGGAUAUAUUCGAAGCUAUGGAAAGGAAAAUGAUACCUAAAUGAUACUGGUUCCCACAGAUUAGAUCACACAACACUACUUAAGUCGCCUAGCUCAAUUUCCUCAGUUUCAGUGGUUCCCAAUGGACGGCGAAAGUUGCAAAGCUGACAUUGUGAUUGUUGGAGGCGGUCCUGUGGGUUCUCUGCUGGCUUACCAACUUGCCAGGUUCGGGUGCAAGCCAUUUAUAAUCGAGCAGGAGGACAAGACUCGGUCCGCUCGCUAUGGACGCGCAACUACGUUCUGGCCGCGAACAAUCGAGCUUCUCGAUCAACUUGACCUUGCAGACCGACUUCUACAGACCGGAGUAGUCAGUCGUUCCGGGUUGCACUUCCAUGAAGGUCGUCGUGUGAAAGGAGGGAUCAUGUAUGGAAGUCGAAUGGAUAGACUAGGAGACACCUUCUUCAAGUUUGCCCUUCACCUACGGCAGCGACUGACUGAAGAGCAAUUCUCCAGUGCGCUCGAAGAAUAUGGCUUUCAACAUCAUAACCGACAUGUCAUUGAAUCCUACAGCAUUCACGACGGCAUCGCAGACGACCACCCAGUCACCGUCCGCGCCAGGGAUCUAUCCAGUGAUUGCAUAGUACAAAUCAAGACAAAGUAUCUCGUCGGUGCAGAUGGAGGCAAAUCUACCGUGCGCAAGCUCGCAGAUAUUCCAUUUGAUGGCGAAAACACGAAACAUCGAUGGAUUAGAAUGGACGCGCGCGUCAGGACCAAUAUGCCCAACUCUAGGUGUCUGAACAGUGUUGACAGUGCGACUCAUGGUCAAAUUGUAUGGUGCCCGAUUGAUAAUGGUUUGACGAGAAUCGGUUACGUGUUAUCCUCCGCCUUACUGGAGAGAUACGGAGGCGUUGAAGCCAUAACUCAAGAUAUCGCAGUGGAGGAGGCUAAAAAGGCGCUCCAUCCGUUCGAACUUGAGUUCGUCAGUGUCGAAUGGUUCACGGUAUAUGGGAUUGGGCAGCGAAUAGCGAAGACUUUUUACGUCGAGAAUCGAGUAUUUCUUGCCGGGGACGCGUGUCACACCCAUAGCUCAGGAUCGGCACAAGGCCUCAAUACGGGUGUCCAUGAUGCGGUCAAUUUGGCGUGGAAGCUCGCACUUUGUAUUCAUGGAUUAGCACGGCCGUCGAUACUGGACUCGUAUAAUGACGAGCGUCGGCCGAUAGUUCAACAAGUUAUCGAUAAUGAUAAAGUUAUCAGCAUGCUCAUAUCGGGUCAGUACCCUCCUCGGUUUCAGGGACGCCGCGAAAGUACCCGAGAGAUCCUGACCGAGUGGUUUGAUGAUAUGAGCAUGCAAGCAUUCACUCUAGGCUUAGGGAUAUCUUACCCCGUCAACACGGUCAACCGCGAAUUUCCCGGGCCCUCUAGGUCCACUGUAAACCCUGGAGAUCGUGGACCAGAUGUCUACCUGACUGAACUUGGUACUGGGGAUAUGGUACGACUUCACACGAUUCUUAAGAAUGACGGCAAAUUCUCGCUCGUCGUCUUCGCUGGAAUCCCGACUCAGACUAUGUCUUCGUUUUCCCAAUUUAGGGAGGCAGUGUUCGGGCCUUUCACCAAAGCCUUUCCGGCCCGUGCGUUCAAGUGGUUUACGAUUCCAUCUGUGCAUGGGAAUGGUGGACAAGAGAUAUUCGUAAACCCACCCAUGGGUAAGGUCUACUUGGACGAAAGCGUCAAGGCGCAUGACAUAUACGGAGUUGAUAUACGGAUUGGAGCAGUAAUCGUCUUUCGACCAGAUGGAUGGGUUGGAACUGUAGUGGAGAUGAGUGAAUAUGGCGUUGUUGAUUUAACGGCGUACUUCGAGCAUUUUUUGAAUCGGAGGGAUGCUAUUGAGUGUAACGGCGUUGUAGCUCACCUGUGACCAGCUCUUGUUUUUAAUUUCUAGGCACCGGGCCGCAUGCUUUCUUGACAGUC